AUGCAACAACCUAUACCAACCGCCCCCACUCGUUCCCUGCGCCGCCGCAACUCCCGUGGCAACGUAAUGACGACAGGGGAGCUAGCUGCGCUACCACCUCCCACCUCGGUGGAGCGCCCCCCGGCCCAGGAGCGCACCUACGCUAGAGUAGUGUCCCCGGCUCCGGCCAACCCUCCCCAGCCCGUCGACGCGUCCUUGACCGUUGGCGGAGACAUAGCGAGUAACCCCUUCCCGGGAGAAAGCCCAGCCCGUGUACACACGGAGAAUCCCCAACCGCCCCUGUCUGUACUGGUCAGGGGCGAGACCGAUCGCCAGCGCAUGCGCACCACGAUCGAGGACGUCGAGGACGAGGAGGGACCCUGGACUUUAGCCACCAGACGGACGGCUCGCACCCACCGGGAGUCCGUUAGCAGCGUAGCCACCAGUGUUUCAGUUAGAAUCAGCGAGAGGCGCAAUGAGACAUACAACAGUCUGGAGGAGCUCACCUCCAUAGUGGACGAGGCGGCUGAAUCUAUGUCGCCCGAAGUGCUGCGCCUGAUCUCGGACCGCUAUGCCAGCUUGGCUAACGCCGCUGAGCAAAAGACACCCGUCUUCAAACGGGAGUCUGACAAUGACAUGACUUCUGAGUCGGACGCCAGAUCGGACGCGAUCGGCGAAAUGUCGUCAAGGAUGGUCGAGCCCGGAGAAAAGGCCGACCAUGUGUUAGAAAACGGAAGUGAUUACAUUCACCCGUUGGAAACAGCCGAGUGGUCAGAGGACAACGGGGGAUCUUCUCCGCCGAUUGCCGGUCCAUCGCAGGAAAAGGGCAAAGGACCCGACCCAGGCAACUGGGGAGAACUUGGUUUAUCCGACGCCGAGCUGGAGGGGCAGAAAGUAGCCUUCCAGGCCUUUGAGUCGGCCCAGCGAGAACGGAAUCGCUGGAAACCCGACCCGAGGAACACCAGCGCGGCAGAUAAGGCGGCACUUUGGCCAACCGAAAAACCGCACUCGCCCGAGUCGCCGCUCGCCGAGAGGCUCGAGAUAAUCGAGGCACCACAGGGUGAGGAGCUGGUGAAUCAAGGCGUGUUCCUGAGGGAGUUCUCCCGAAUGCGGGAGCGCAUUGCCGAGCUUGAGGCCCGAGAACGGAGGAGAGGAGUCUCAAAGCACCCCGAAGCUCGCCAUCAGAAGACGCGCGAGAGCGAGCCUCAGACGUCUCGCCAUAAGGGGAAGCGCCCGCAGGAAACACCGACCACCGAGAGAAGACGCUCACGUUCGGGGAGAGAGACCGCCGGCUUUGUUACUAGUGUCCUAAGGGGGGUCAGCCUCCAACCUUCCGAUGACAGUAGCUCCGGCUCGGAAUCCUCGACGAGCAGCUCUGGUUCAGAUGACGAGGGCUCGGAUGGACCGCCAAGCGACUCCUCGAGUGAAUCGGAUUCGGACACCAGCGACUCAAGCUCGAGUGCAGACGGCUCGAGCUCAGACUCCGGGUCUUCGACUGGGAAGAACAAGGCCAAGAGAAAGAAACGAAAGACAAGGAGGUCUGAAGACCGACCAAAGGGUAGGAUGUUGGUAAAACCUAACCCCCCCGCGCGCUACGACGGAUCUGAGAAUGCAGACCUUUACACGCAAUUCGUUGACGAGUCCAAUAGGUAUUGCGAGCUCGGAAACGUGCCCAGAGCUCAUCGUGUUGCGAUCAUCGGGUCCUUCCUGGACGGCGACGCCAAGGAUUUCUACAAUAGGCGGAUUCGCGGCCAUGAGUCCGACUGGACGCUGAAGAAGAUGCUGCGUCGGCUUCUGAAAUACUGCUUCUCGCUGGAUUACCGCCAGAAGCAGCGUAAGCGGCUGGCGCGCUGCCAUCAGAACGGCAAAUCAGUCAAUAAGCACGUCUUGGAAAUGGAGAGCAUACUCUUACAGAUCGGAUUGAGAAAGGACCGGGAGCGGGUCGCUCUGCUCUGGAAUAGCUUGGAUGCAGACAUCCAGGAAGAGCUGUUCAGGUUCGGCCUUGACCCCGAGAAAUCAAAGUGGUCCCGUGUGGUGAAGAAGGCGGUAAGGGCUGAGCGCUUUCUGAGCCUAGACAAGCGGCGAAAGGGUAAGGGUACAACGAACAACGUAGCCAGCCCCAGCGCAGUGACCCCAGGCACCGGUCGGGAAGCAAGGAAGAAGAAGUUCUUCCCGCGCAGACAAGGCGGGGUUAUCAAGACCGCAGCAGCCGUAGUAGUCCCGCCUCGUGAGAGUGGGCCUAAGCUUGCUUCCCGCUACACUCCCGUUCCUGGAUCAACGUCAGCUCCUUCGAAAGUCCCAGAGAAACAGGGAGAGCGACCAUGGGAGCGUCGACUUUCACCUCAGAAGAAGGCUGAGCUGAUGUCGCGGGGGGUCUGUCUAAAUUGUGAAGAAGCCGGUCAUAUGGCGCGCAGCUGCCUGAAGCUCACUACGAUGAAGUCCAAGGUGAAGGGGAAGCCCCCAGGAUUCGGGGCGCACGGAGUAAGCCUGCGCUUGGCUUCUCUGGGAGAAACCACUGAAGUGCUGGACACGUUGGAGGUCUUGAGCGCCUUCCCAAUAGGAUUUCGGGAAGACGGUGCUGUGCUAGAGCAAUGGUCAGAUCUCGAGUGGUCUGAAGAGGGCACGGAAGACUGGGACGACCCUGAAGAAGCGGAGGUUGACGAGCUGGAAUACGUCGUGCGUGGAAUAGACGACAGUUCGGAGGUGGAAGAGCUGGUGCACGGGAUCAGAUCCAUGACGCUGGACCCUCAUCCCGAGGAUGACAGCAGGCUACGCCGACCUGAAUGUGGCUUAAUCGACCGGCCCGCUGAUUUGGUUACCAAUCCGGGCCCGGGAGAUGUGGGCAUCGGGGAUCUUGCGGCCCGGUUCGCCAGCCUGGUCCUUCAGCAGUGCGCGCCCUUCCCGGGCGACGACGGCUCCGAACCCACGGAAGGACGGUUUCUCGUGUACCGCGUCCUGGAGGAGGACUACUACUGCAUCCUGGACUGCGGAACGCCCCUGAAUAUACUGGAGGGCGAUGAGCUGUGCUCCCAGAACGAUACUUCCUACGAAUCGGAGCACAAGGGAAGCUCACUGAUCGAAGGACAAGAAGUGUCGCCCAACGUGUUUGAGAUUAGCCGUACGGGUAGCAAUGUACGUGUACAAAUGGAGCGAGCUACCCUGAUGGACCAGAACUUUGACCUGCACCGGUGGUACAACGAUCACAUGGAUGGCGACACGGGGUUGUACGACGACCUUCCCCUCCUGGAAAGCUCCAGUGAAUCCGACGGCGAGCCCGAGGGAGAAACAGACGAACCAACCAAGACAUCCUGGCAGGCUUGGGUGAGAGCGACUUCCGACUGCGGACUUCAGCCAGAUCUCUGGCCGAGCCCAAUCACCUCAACGGAUGUGGCGGGUGAUGAGUUGCCUGAAGAAGCGGCCCAAGUGGGCAGUGGUCAGUGGGACAUGUGUUUCGAUGAGCCCCGGCGGAGGAGUCCUCAUGAAAGGAGGAUUGGAGACCUCAUGUCUGAUGGCGUACAAUGUCUACUGGAGUUCUGUCAGCCAUACCCUGGCGACGACAGCGUAAACAAUCACAUGCCGCGUGACUCCGGGGAAAGGUUCAGCGUGAUUUCGUCCUGGUGCGAAGAAGGUUACUACGUGAGGGACCGCAAGAACAAUCUGUCGACUUACCUGCCGAGAUCCAUGCUGGAGAAUCGGCGCUUCGAGUUAGGCGCCUGGUAUUCCGGCCGGGUAAGCGAGCAACUGUCCAUACCGGCAGAAGAACUGUCCGGGGAACAUCGAAUCGCGGUUGACGACCCGCUGGGGAUACAACUAAGCUUCUACUUGGACGAGAUGGUGUCUCGGUACCCGGAAGCAUGUGGAAACUGCGUUAACAUUGAGCCACGGUUCUCGGAAGGCAAGAUCGAAGGCCCAAACGUACCCGUCUUAAGUGCCACGUAA